GCGAAGCUUGCGGGUGCGGGUCCUUGGCUCCGAGAAGCUCUCAGAGCCGCUGUGGUUCGAGCAGAAUGCCGCGGUGGUCGUACCAGACUGCGCGGGACGUGUCGUCGCCCAGCUCUUGACACCUCAGCCGGAUCACCGGCUACUGUUGCUGGCACCCGCUCUACGACUCCACAACGAGACCGACUUGAUGCUGGCUGUACGCUUUCACGAAGAAGCCCGAGCGACGGUCAUCAAGCAUUUGGACUCCGCGAUCUGCAACGCGUCACUUCUGGGACUGAAGUCUGAGUGUGAGCCAGCAGCUGCAGAGCCCCAAGCUGCCAGCUGCAAGAGCGCUGACAAUGAGUGGGUUUGCCUUCCACCGAACAGUAUCUGUGCGGUGCCGGCGGCAGCCACGGCGCAGGACGGAAAAAGUGGCGACAGGACAAUCAUCAGUUUGCGGCCGGCAGCUUGGAGCCUCCCCGACGUGGACUUCAGUCAGCCGAGCUCCGUGGGCCGGAAGAUCGUGGAGGGCCUCUCCUGCAAGUUAGGGGUUGGGUCAUCAAGAAGUGGCUACCCUCACGCCGGGCCUGUACCGCUACACUUCCUGGUCGUGCAAGGCAGCGAAAACAUAGGCUCCGGAAAUGGACAGAAAAUCAAGACGUUGUCCAUCAGACCAAGCAUGGUGUUCAUGAACGCACUGCCGUUUGGACCCCUUGGUUUGGACAUCGCCUCUACUUCGAGCAAAGCCCCGCCCGUGGUCGUCGAGGCUUUGCAACGCGUCAAUUUCUAUGGGCUCAGCAUGCAAGAGAUGCGUGGCGGUCUGACUUUAGCCGCGCAGCUGGCACCCAAGGCGCCUUGGAGUGGCAAGGUAAACUUGGAGGGCAAUGACAUCGUGGACAUCACCGAAAACGUAUUGGGUGAUGAGGCCAAGAUUCUAGACAUGAAGGAGAGCACCAGCGGAGCACCAGCCGCGGUUUCCCUGGAGUGUUUGGGUCAUGGCCAGAUUCGUGUCAGCUGCUCUCACUGGCUGCUGGACCGCAGCGGUGCGCAGGAAAAGGGUCUGGGCAAGCUGGAGGUCUUCUACCAGGGGGCCAAGUUGCCCUCACACAAUGGCAUCACUCUGCUUCAUGCUGGCUGCUUCGAGAACCCUUGUGAUCUGGUCUUGUGUCCUGACGGAAAGUCGAUGAAAGCGAAGCGGACCAUGAAGUUGCCACCAAACUUUGAGAGCUUCGUCUGGAACACACCCUCUGGAAGCCUGGAGAUGACUCUUCGUAUCGGCAGCAUCAAGAGCAGCAGUGUGCACGGAGCCACCUGUAUGCAAUUCACCCUGGCUCCUCGACUGGUCUUGACAAACGCCUCGGACGUGGAGCUUGAGCUCGAGACCCCCGAAAAGAUGAAGAUACGGUGGAAGCCACGCGAGUCCCGGGUGCUGCACUGGAAGGCUAACAUGGAAGCCGUGGAUCCUUUGGCCACCACUUUCCGCUUCCGUCCCAUCGGUGGAGGUCAAUGCGAGUUCUCAGGAGUUGUCCUGUGCAGCGACGGCUCCGCGGGCUCCACUCCUUUUACGUUGAAGCGCCAGGGAGGUGGUGUCGAGGUGUGGAGUGUUGAUGUGGCUCCGCUUCAUGGCAGCAUGGGUGUCCUGAUUCGUCCCGGCUCCGAUUUCAUCGCCUGCAACCUCCUGGAGAACAGGAUGGAGGUGCAAGACGAGGAGCGGCCAGACGAGAGAAUCAAUGUGCCUGCAGGUGGAGAGAGCGUUCCGAUCGGAUGGUGCAAACCCUUCUCGGGCAAGCGGUCUCGAGCUGUCCGUGUGAUUGUGGACAAGGAGAUCGUUGACAUUCCAGAUCUUCAGAGAACAGCGGUACGGCCUUUGAAGACGCCGGGACUUGCCCUCCGCGUGAUGCGCAGCGGGAAGACCACGAAGCUGAGCCUCGAAGAGCUGCAGGAGAAGCAGCAAGUUCAAGCCAAGUCUGAGGCCUUCCAGGCCACUUUUGAGCUGCACGUGAAGCUGGGCCGUGCCGGUAUAUCGCUCAUCGACGAGAGCCCCCCUCAGCCUUGCGAGCUGUUCUUCUUCUCCCUGGACAUGCUUCGUCUCGAGUACAUGCAGGAUGCCGCCCGAGAUUCGGAGAAGCUCACAGUGUCUGUUUCUGAGGUCCAGGGCAUCUGCCAGCUGCCAGAUCGGACAAAUGACUUGGACAAAGUGAACAUGCUGGACCCCAGCCAGCUCCAGCGGUUGCACGAAAACUUGUUGCAGAAUCAGGAGCUCCCGGCAGUCAUUUUGGCCAACCAUUCCGCAGGGGGAAAGUCCUUCCUGCAGUUCCAGAUGACUCGACAGGCCACUUCGUCCAGGGAUCUGCUGCUCAGCGCAGCGCAGCUUGAUGUCGACAAACUGGAUUUCACCGUGGACGAGAAGUGGUUGACUCCGUUGCAGCAGUGGCUUUCGCACACGUUCGGCGCAGGGGGGUUCGACCUCUUCGGGGUCGUGGCAGAAGAGCUCUUGAACGUCGCCGGCAAGCCCAUCACCGAUGGCUACAUUCCGCCAGAUGUCCCGGCUGUCGUACAGGCAGAAGAUGUGAACAUUUCUGCGGUCGACACUACGGUGUGGUGCUCACUUCGACUGAAGUAUCUGGAAUUCCUGCCGGUAUAUGUUCGCACAGCGCUCAAAGUACUUUCAUUCAGCAGCUACUUCACCUUGGAUGGGGUGGGUCUCCUCCUCCCUGCUCGACAUCUCGAGCCUCACCGGGGAUCUUUGCAGGACUAUGCCAUGGCUGUCGUCAGCGACUACAGCACUUCCAUCUUGGCUCAUCUUGGCUCACUUCUAGGCAAAAGCUCGCUGCUGAAUCUUCCAAAGGCUCCACUAAAGCUGGGUGGUGCAGUUGUGGCAGUCAUGGGCGACAAGCUUACUGACGUGACGACCGGGGCAGCGUCACUUCUCAGGAACUUUACUAUGGAUGACGAGUACAUCGCUAAGAACCGAGAGAAAAAGACCAUCACCGGCGCAAGUCAGGGCUUCGCCGCAGCGGGCAAGACUCUGAUGGAUGGAGUCGAGGGUAUGUUCGACGUUGUGAAGAAGCCAGUGGAGGGCGCCCAGAAAGAAGGGCUAUGGGGCUUCGCUACAGGCUUGACCAAAGGAGUCGCGGGAAGCAUUGUGAAGCCCGUUGCCGCCUUUGGCACCGCCAUUGGUGAGGUCGGAACUGGCCUUGCUUCCACGACCAACACAUUAAACGACAACGAAGCGAAUCAGCGCCGGCGUGCACGGCGACGUCUGCGAUUACCGCGUCUACUCUUUGGAGAGUUGGGCGAGGUGCGUCCUUUCGUCGACUUUGAAUCUCAACUCUACCAAAGGUACGGAGCAAACAUCCGUGGCGUCUGUGAAGUGGUGCUCCUCGACAGAGAAGAAAAAGGUGGAGACCUUUUCAUCACCUCUCUUCUGCUGUUCGUGGACCAGCUUGCCGUGGCAGUAGCUUCAAAUCAG